AUGAAGUCUGUCGUUGCUUUCGGAGUUAUUGCGUUGGCCGGAGCCGUGUCGGCCGCCCCGUGUGACAUCUCAGCCGUGUUGGGCGGCUUGACCCCUCUGGCUGCCGACCCCAACCUUGCGACGUGCAGUAACGAUUCCGGCUACAACUUCCUCGUCAGUGGUGCAUCUGGCAUCCCGCCUACGGACGACGAACUGGCCAAGAUCUCGUCCAGCACGGCGUGCAAGACGUUGUAUGCCAACCUUGGUGGCAUCGUGUCCAAUAUCUCUCCUUCGUGCACGUUGGGUGGCGUGGAGACGUCCACGUUUGCGACCUUGCCCCUUCAGGACGCGCUCGCCGCCAUCUUCACAGCCGUCAAGUCAGCUAACGUUACCCCGCCCACGGACACCACGACCGGCCACGAACACCACGACCACGCGUCCACCACCACCGCGCCUUCCACGGCGAAUGCGUCCACCACCACCACCGCGCCUUCCACAGCCAACGCGUCUACCACCCCCGCGCCUUCCACGGCCCCCGAGUCGUCUGCGACCAUCUCCGCCGUCUCCCUCGCAGCCGUCGGGUUGGCCGUGUACAGCAUGACAAACUAAACUCUGCAUAUUGUCAAAUCGAUUCAAAACUGGAGCCCUCACCAGAAUCGAAUGUAUUAAAAGCAUCGAUUAGAUAACUGUCUAAGCCAAUGAAAUCACGUCCUGUCAAAUUUCUUCCAA